GAGAAGUGUCACUGGCCCUGAGUGGGACCCGGUAGCCUGUUCUCCCCGAACCGGCGGCCUGUCCCCGCGGCUUGGCGGGCUAGGGCAGGGGAAAUGUUUCAGGAGGAGUCGGAUUUGUCUCUCAUUAUUGCCCAGAUAGUCCAGAAGCUCAAGGGCUCCAAUUUGUACGCUCAGCUGGAACGGCAGGCCUGGGCCAGUCUUCAGAGACCUGAGAUUAAACUUGAAUCAUUAAAAGAAGAUAUUAAGGAAUUCUUUAAAAUAUCAGGUUGGGAAAAGAAACUUCAAAAUGCUGUUUAUAGUGAACUGAGUGUGUUUCCUUUACCUAGUCAUCCUGCUGCACCUCCUGAACAUCUUAAAGAACCUUUGGUAUACAUGAGGAAAGCACAGGGAAGUUGGGAAAAAAGAAUUUUGAAGAGUUUAAAUAGUAUGUGCACUGAACUGAGUAUCCCAUUGGCACGAAAGAGGCCAGUUGGAGAACAGAAAGAACUUCUCAAUAAAUGGAAUGAAAUGGGAACCGAUGAGCCAGAUUUAAGCCAUUUCAGACCUGUUUAUGCACCUAAGGAUUUUCUUGAGGUAUUAAUUAAUCUUCGCAACCCAAAUUAUGAAAAUGGUGAUUCUCUUAGUUUCAGGACUCAUUUGGGUUUAAUCCAAGUUCCUCUGAGAGUAAAAGACAUCCCUGAAUUGAAAGAAUGCUUUGUAGAACUUGGCUUAAAUACAGGACAACUGGGUAUAGAUGAUUCUACACAAGUGCCUCCUGAGCUUUUUGAAAAUGAGCAUGUGCGUAUUGGGCAAAAAGUUCUAGCAGAACAAGAUAGCGCUGCUGCUCAGCAGUAUGUCAGACAAGGAAGUCCCACAGCACUGAGAGCUGAAUUGUGGGCUCUCAUUUUGAACAUUUCCAGUCAGCCUGAGGAUAUCUUGUAUUAUGAGCAGCUUAAGACCAAUGUGAUACAACAUGACCUUUUGGUGGAUAGUCUAAUUUAUAAAGAUGUGAAGUUGACAGCAAGCAAUGAUGAUUAUUAUUUUGUAUUUGAAGAUUAUUUAUAUCAGGUAUUACUUUGUUUUUCCCGGGAUACAACUGUGUUGAGUCACUUUGCGUACAACAGUGCUUCACCACCGAAAUCAUACAUAAGAGGAAAGCUAGGACUAGAAGAAUAUGCCGUCUUUUAUCCACCAAAUGGUGUAAUCCCUUUUCAUGGAUUUUCAAUGUAUGUUGCACCGCUUUGUUUUCUAUACCACGAACCUUCCAAACUGUAUCAGAUAUUUCGUGAGAUGUAUGUGCGUUUUUUCUUCAGACUCCAUUCCAUCUCUUCUCAUCCUUCUGGUAUUGUAUCACUCUGUUUGCUGUUUGAAACUCUUCUUCAAACUUAUCUCCCCCAACUCUUUUAUCAUCUACGAGAAAUUGGGGCUCAACCACUUCGCAUAUCAUUUAAGUGGAUGGUUCGAGCUUUCUCUGGAUACUUAGCUACAGAUCAACUCUUGCUUUUGUGGGAUAGAAUCCUUGGAUACAACUCUCUUGAAAUUCUUGCUGUCCUGGCAGCUGCCGUGUUUGCUUUCCGAGCAGUGAACCUGAUGGAGGUGACAUCACUGGCUGCAGCUGAAGCAGUUCUUGCUGACCUUUCUACUUUAAAAGUUAUGCCUCUUCUUCAAAUUUUUCUGUUUGCUACUGUCACCUGAUCUUCUUCAAGGUCACUGACAACACAUCUAAUUUUCCAUUAGAAGCUAAUCAUGAACUAUGCAAACUCUGCAUAAAACCAAAAUUAAACUUUGCAUAUACGCCAAUAAAGAUCAUGUUCCCUCCUCAGUUAAACCUAAGUAGUUUUUCACUUUUUGAAACAAUAACUUUGCACACCAAAUAUUGCAUUGCAUGCUGCUGAUUUUCAAGAGAAGGGAUUCUGCUAGAUUAAGCAUAAUAUAUAUAUAUAUGUAAUUCUGACUUGUAAAAGGCAUGAACAAUAUAUGCAAUAAGAGCUAA